AUGUUCAACUACAGAGAUGGAGCAGAUCAAGCGCCUCAGGCCCAGUCCGGGGCCGCCGGGGGCCAGGGUAACAAGAGAGCACGCACGGCAGCCAUGUAUCAGCGAAAACGCGCCGUGACGGCAUGUCAGAGCUGUCGGUUGAGAAAGACAAAGUGCGAUAAUGUUCGGCCGGCGUGUGGUUUCUGUUCCAAGAAUGGAGCACAAUGCAUAUACCCUGGUCCCGAAACAUCGGACUAUUCGACUUUCGACCCGGCCAGCUUGACCAUCCUAGACCGCCUCAACCAUGUUGUCACACUUUUGGAGUCUCGACCCCUAGCAGUCAUCGCUCAGCCCUCAGAUGUCUCACGGCAGGUCUCAGAGGCUACCAUGUCAGUCAACUUCCUGACUUCUACUGCUCCUACUGCUGAAACCACCACCAAUCUCCCCGAGAUCGACAUCCUCCAGACACUUGAUAUCCCUGACUUCCCGUCAGCUGCCAACAACUGCGAGGGAGUCCUGCGCUGGCCAAUCUUUGAGGGCUUGGUGCCUGAUGUUCAUUCUUUCAUCUUGGAGUCGGCAAAAGAGGACAGCGGCCAGACUGAGAAUAUAAGAACUGGCUCCUUGGGUAGGGGCGUCCAAGAAGACGACUUCAUACCUCUCUCCAAGAAAUUCUUGGCCUAUGUACACGUGAAGAACCCCAUCUUGGAUGUGGCAGACUAUAAAGCUCAAGUCAGAGACGCCGCAGAGAAUGGACCCAGGUGGGAUGGACCAUCGUGCCUUGUGGUAUUUGAUAUCCUGCGCUCUUGCAUGUCUCGCAGCACCUUUCCAGACUGA